AUGGUUUUAUUACAUUAUUUGACACAAACCUUCCUGGGAAGAAAUCUGUGCUCAGAAAUUGGAAUGCCCAUGACACGGACACAUCUGACUUGGAGAAGUAACAGCACAAAAAAUUCUUUACUCAGUUUAGACCGACAUAAAAGUGUAACCAGUGUUUUGUUCCACACAGAUCAUCUUAUAGUUUCUGCUGGAGCUGUGAAUAAUCAUAUAAAAGUUUGGGAUUUAAGAAAAUGCAGCAGUUUGCAACUGAAUCCAACUCCUGUUCAAACUUUCUCCUCCUUUCAAAAUGCUGUUAGAAAUCAUGGUAUCACAAAUUUGGUAUUUGAUUCAAGCUAUACAAAACUAUUUGCCAGCUGCAAAGAUAACAAAAUUUAUCAAUAUGAUUUUGCCAGUUAUUCACCUCGUCCAGUUAAAAUCUUCCAGGGUUUUGAAAAUGCUUCCUUCUACAUUAAAUCUUCCAUCAGCCCAUGUGACCAGUACCUCAUAAGUGGAUCACAUGACAAUACAGCAUAUAUAUGGGAUAUUGCUACGCUGUCAGAUGACAACACAUUAAGAUUGUGGAGGAUACAACGUAACAGAAGAUUGAUUGAAAAAGAUUCAAAUUGGGGAACUGCUUGCAAAUAUAACAUUCCAUUUUGUGACCACCCUGUGAUAUUGUCACCCAGCUUUUCAGAUUUAACCAAUGAAAGGCCUUUUCCUGUAACUCCAGAUCCUCAGAAACCAAGCCAGUCGUCAUCUCCACCUUUGUCUUUAGUGGGUUGGUUAAAGACGAAUGCUUAUCCAAAAAAUAAAUCCUGUCACUCAGCAAACAAAAAACAUCACCCCAAAACCCCAAACAGUUCCCGCAAAACUCCUCAUAAAUCCUCCCCAGUGGUGAUGUCUGGGAAACACUCUUUGCACUCUUUCCAGAGUUGUGGCUUGUCUUUUCAAUCAGAAUCUACUCUAGGAGGCUACGAAACUAAAAACCGGAUGUGUAUAUUAUGGGAUAGGCAAAGAUUUGGCCCGGGUUCUCGGCAAUGCCGUGUCUGCGCCAACACUCAUGGUGUCAUCAGAAAAUACAGUCUCUUCAUGUGCAGAAGAUGUUUCAGAGACUACUCUAAUGACAUUGGUUUCAAGAAGCUGGACUAA